AUGCGUUUAUUCUCUCUUUUAGCAUUACUCUUUGUUUUCGCUUCUGCUGGUACAGCGCAACUCAGCACGUAUUCGUUGAAUUCUUAUAGCUUGAAUACAACAACUAACCGAACGUGCACAUAUCAACAAAGUGGCUAUACCCUUUGUGCAAAUGUUCCGACAACAACUAUAACACAGAUUACUAUGCCAACCUCUUACACUGCGAAGGCAGUUACAAGGUUUAUAAUAAUUACCGAGGCUAUUUUAGAGCCAAACGUGGAUAUGCAAACAGGGACUAUUACAAACACUACAUAUGCCACAAAUACAAUGAACAGAGCUACGUGGACUACUUCAAACACCGUAUUGACUACGAGCAUGGCUGUAGGGACUACAAACGUUGCUAGAGGACAAAACAAAACACUAACUGUUCGUAUAGUUACUGAGACUACUUUGAAAACAGAACAGGCUAUGUACAUGACUACUGGGAACAUUUUAAACACGUCAGCUACGAACACAAUCACGGGAAUCACGGGAACUACAUCAGCCAUUAAUACGAAAACGGAUACAAAAAAGCCACUGACCACGGGGACUACUUUAAACGCAGCACAGACUAUUAUUGUUACCACUGAGAUAAUAGUGAUUACAGAAACCAUUUUUAACACUGUAACGACUAUGAACAUGGCUAGAGAAGCUACACCUACCAUUAAUGUAGUUACAAAUACUAAUUUAAACACUACAAUGAAUACAAUGAAUUCAAUGACUACGGAUCCCGCACCAACUAUGAACAUGAAUACAGGGACUGUUCCUUACACCGCGAUCAAAAAAAUAAUUGCAGAACCUACUUCUAAUACUGCGUUAACUAUGUACGUGACUACAGGAACUGUUUCAGGCACCACACCUACUAUGGACGUAGUUGCAGCUCCUACUUCAGACACUGCAUUAACUAUGUACAUGACUACAGGAACUGCUUCAGAUACAGUACCGACUAUGAAUGUAAUUGCGGAUCCUGAUCCCGCCUCAGACACUGCGUUAACUGUGGAUAUGACAGGGACUAUGUCGGACACCACACCAACUAUGGAC